UUUGAACUAAAGAUCAUUUAUGUUCAAAAAGAUAUUCUCUUCAUUAUCUUUCAAACACAAAAAAAAAAACACACCUUUUAGCCGGCGCUGGGGCAAAAUUUAGCUUUUGAUCUUCUUAAAAAUAUGUUACAUCUAAAUCUCAUAAGACUUGGGGCUUGCAGAUUCCCAAGUAGACUGAUGUCCACUAAGUUUACUUCAGUCGAGAUCAACGAUAAGACGGGAGUGGCUAUACUUACCCUGUGCCGGCCUCCAGUUAAUAGCGCGAAUGCGCAAAUGUUGCGGGACAUAAAAUCAUCCAUCGACGAAAUCGAGAACAAUAAAAGCAAGGGUCUUAUCAUAACCUCCGGGAGUGACAAAAUAUUUUCAGCUGGCCUGGAUGUCUUAGAAAUUUACAAAGCGGACAAGGCAAAAAUAUGCAACAUUUGGACUGAGCUGCAAAACGUCUGGCUUGCCUUAUACGGCAGUAGUUUACCCACAGCAGCUGCCAUAAAUGGCCAUGCCCCUGCUGGAGGCUGCGCUCUGGCUAUUGCCUGUGAGUACCGAGCUAUGGUGCCAAACUGCGUAAUCGGACUCAACGAGACCCAAUACGGAUUAAUUGCUCCCAGAUGGCUGGUGUCUGGCUACCUGAACGUCCUACCUCAACGAGUAGCAGAGCGGGCGCUCACCCAGGGUCGCCUUUAUUCCACGGAUGAGGCCUUGAAGGAAGGUUUGAUCGAUGAAAUUGUCAACUCCAAAGAGGAAGCUUUGGAAAAGUGUGAGAAUUUCAUUAAAUCAUUCGACAAGGUUAACCCCGCCGCCCGUAGCUUGGCCAAGGUGCAGUUCCGUGAGGCCAAUAUUAAAGCAUUUGAAAAGAACCGCCAGAAAGAUUUGGACGAGUUUGUAUCGUUGGCUUCCCGACCCGAAGUUCAGAAGGUUAUUGGUGAUUUUAUGGAGAAAAAUAAACCCAAAAAGUAGUUUUGGCCAAUAAAAGCUUAUAAACAAA